AUGUCCUCCUCAACCGGAUCGCCCGUCGUGGACGAGGCUGAGCGCAUUGCGCGCCAGUUCGAGUAUCCCACCAGCGAAGUCCUGCGCGGGGUGAAGGCGUAUAUCGACCAGAUGCAGGAAGGCCUCUCCAAGGAACACACCACGCUCAGUCAGAUCCCGACCUAUGUGACAGGCGUUCCCAAUGGCACGGAAAAGGGACUCUAUCUGGCCGUCGAUCUGGGAGGAACCAACUUCCGAGUCUGCUCGAUCGACUUGCACGGCGAUACCACGUUUACGAUGACCCAGUCGAAAGUGGCUAUCCCCCGAGAAUUGAUGGUGGCCAAGACCUACAAAGAUCUUUUCAGCUUCCUAGCCAAGCAGAUCGAAGAUUUCCUCCAGACACACCACAACGAGCACUAUGAAGCCCAUGUGCGCAGACGUCGGUACGUGGACUCGAAGGCGGGUUUCAGGGAAGAGGACAUCUUCGACUUGGGCUUCACCUUUAGCUUCCCCGUCAACCAGGUGGGCAUCAACAAGGGCACCCUCAUUCGCUGGACUAAGGGCUUCGACAUUCCCGAUGCAGUGGGCAAGGAUGUCUGUGAGAUGUUGCAGAACGCCAUUGAUGAACUGGGCCUCCCCGUCAACGUUGCUGCGCUCGUCAAUGAUACAGUGGGAACCCUCAUGGCCCGUUCAUACACCUCUCCUGGCAAGACGGGAACCCUCCUGGGUGCCAUUUUCGGUACUGGAACAAACGGCGCGUACGUCGAGAAGUUGAAGAAGGUCACCAAGCUGGCUGCCACUGGCGACACGUACGAUUCUACCACGGAAGAAAUGGUGAUCAACACCGAAUGGGGGAGCUUCGACAACCAUCUCAGCGUUCUGCCUGUCACGAAGUUUGACCGCGACCUGGAUGCGGAGAGUCUUAACCCUGGCAUCCAGAUGUUCGAGAAGCGUGUUUCGGGUAUGUUCCUGGGCGAGAUCCUGCGUCGGGCCCUCCUUCACCUGUACAAGGACUCUGGCGUUCGCUUCCUCACCUCGCCGGAGGGCCACACUACAGUAUCUAGCAAAUCCGCGCUGUACAAGCAAUGGGGUGUUGACACCAGCUUCCUCAGCACUGUGGAGGCUGAUGCGGCGGAGAACCUCAAGGGUACCGCAGCUGCCAUGAGCAAGGAUCUCCAGAUCGAGGGCACAAACUGCGAGGACCGUCGUGCGGUUAAGGCCUUGGUCCACGCCAUCGGCAAGCGCGCUGCCCGGUUGAGUGCCGUCCCGCUUGCAGGCAUUCUCAUCUCAAGUGGAAGACUUCAGACGGACGAGACGGUUGACAUUGGUGUCGACGGAAGCCUGGUUGAAUUCUAUCCCCACUUCGUUGACUAUAUUCGGGAAGCCCUCAGAGAGGUCCCUGAAAUCGGAGUCGAGGGCGAGAAGAAGGUCCGCAUUGGCAUCGCUAAGGAUGGCAGCGGUGUUGGCGCGGCUCUUAUUGCUCUCGUCGCCAGCAGUAAGCUUGAGGCCCGAGAGAACGCUCCUAAAGCGUAA